CUCGAACUCGAGCAUUACACUUCCACUUCCACCCACACCACACUACACAUCCAGCAACAUGUCGUUCCUCUUCGGUGGCGGAGCUCCCCAGAACCAAGGCGCGGUCGACCCCGUCAAGAUGGAGAUGGCCAUCUCCGAGCUCGACAUGAUCACUGACGUCUUCAACCGCCUCGUCACAUCCUGCCACACAAAGUGCAUCCAGCCCAACCCCCAGAACCACCGCUACGCCGAGGGCGAGCUCCUCAAGGGCGAGGCCGUCUGCAUCGACAGGUGUACCGCCAAGUUCUUCGAGGUCAACAAGAAGGUCGGAGAGCGCAUGCAGACCAUGGGCGGCCAGGCCCAGUCGACCGGCUCGUUUGGCCGAUAAGUGGACAGACGGACGGACGCGCGGACGCGCAGCGCCGUAGAGCGGCUGGCGGCGUAGCACACUGAGGUUGCUACGCGCCACCGCGACAGCAGCAACAUGUAUCACCUUUCAUGUCGA